UCCCUUUAAUCCUCUGGUUGAGUCGAGCCUGAGACUAUAUGCAGCGUUGUCACUGAGGUGUUGCGUUUUUGUCGGUGGUGACAUAUUUUCAUGAAAGGGCUUCAAGUCAGUGAAAUAUUUGCUCUUUCUGCAUAGUGUGCGUCUUUGUUAGUGUAUAACUUGCUUUUUCUCCAUUUGCUGUGUUUUGCGAUGCACCGGUACAUCUUCCUUCUGUCCACCGCCCUGACGUUACUGUUCUCCGGACCAGCUCAAGGAUACUUCCCCGAAGAACGCUGGAGCCCCGAAUCACCACUUCUUGCCCCUCGGGUCCUCAUUGCCCUUGUCUGCCGCAACUCUGAACAUUCUCUGCCUUAUUUCCUUGGAACUAUCGAACGUCUGAAUUAUCCGAAGGACCGCGUGGCAGUUUGGGUAGCGACGGACCACAAUGUGGACAACACUACAGCCAUCCUGCGUGACUGGCUCGUCAAGGUCCAAAAACUCUACCACUAUGUGGAGUGGAGGCCGCAGGAGGAGCCCACAGAGUACCAGGAUGCAGACAGCCCGAAGCAGUGGACCAACCUCCGCUACGCACACGUGAUGAAGCUGCGGCAGGCAGCACUGGACUCCGCAAGAGAAAUGUGGGCAGACUACUUCAUGGUGGUGGACUGUGAUAACCUAUUGACCAAUCCUAAUGUACUGUGGAAGCUCAUCAAGGAGAACAAGACCAUCGUAGCUCCCAUGUUAGAGUCCCGUGCAGCCUACUCCAACUUCUGGUGUGGCAUGACCUCCCAGGGUUACUAUAAGCGCACCCCGGCCUACAUCCCUAUGAGAAAGCAGGUGCGUAAAGGAUGCUUUGCGGUUCCCAUGGUGCACUCCACCUUCCUGAUUGACUUGAGGAAGGAGGCGUCACGCCAGUUGGCCUUCCACCCCCCUCACCCAGACUACAGCUGGGCCUUCGAUGACAUCAUUGUCUUUGCCUUCUCCGCUCACAUGGCAGAUGUGCAGAUGUUCCUAUGUAACAGAGAGACGUAUGGGUAUUUCCCCGUGCCACUGCGAGCCCACAACUCCCUGACAGACGAAGCAGACAGCUUCCUGCAUUCCUUGUUGGAGGUCAAUGUGCGGAACCCUCAUGUGCUGCCUUCGGAGUACAUCCCGGCCCCCGUAAAGAUACAAGAUAAGCUGGGCUUUGAUGAGGUGUUCAUGAUCAACUUAAAGAAACGGACCGACCGGCGGGAUCGCAUGCUGAGGACUCUGUACGAGCAAGAGAUUGCCUGCAAGGUCAUUCAAGCGGUAGACGGCAAAGCGAUGAACAUCAGUGAGAUCAAUGCCCUGGGGAUCCACAUGCUACCAGGCUACAGUGACCCGUACCACGGUAGGCCCCUCACCAAGGGAGAGCUGGGCUGCUUCCUCUCACACUACAACAUCUGGAAAGAGAUCUCAGAGCGGGGUCUAAAGAGUUCCCUGGUGAUCGAGGACGAUCUGCGCUUCGAGGUCUUCUUCAAGCGACGCCUGAUGAACCUGAUGAGUGAAGUGGAGAGCCAGGGUCUAGACUGGGACCUGAUUUAUAUCGGCAGAAAGAGGAUGCAGGUGGACCGCCCUGAGAAGUCCGUACCCAAUAUACACAACCUGGUGGAGGCCGACUACUCCUAUUGGACGCUGGGCUAUAUGAUGUCAUUACAAGGAGCCCAGAAGCUGCUGAGGGCAGAGCCGUUGAAGAGGAUAUUACCCGUGGAUGAGUUCCUCCCUGUCAUGUUCAAUAAACACCCUGUCUCGGACUACAUGGAGCACUUUGAGGAGCGGGACCUGAAGGCCUUCUCGGCCGAGCCCCUGCUAGUGUUCCCCACUCACUACACAGGAGACUCGGGCUACAUCAGCGACACAGAGACCUCCGUGGUGUGGGACAACGAGAAGGUGCGUACGGACUGGGACCGGGCCCGCUCGGGGAAGACCCAGGAGCAGGCGGAGAUCAGCAGCGAGGCCCAGAACUCUGACGUACUCCAGUCACCUCUGGACAGCACAGCCACACGGGAUGAACUAUGAGAGGAGAACGGGUGGAGAGGAAGGGGAUGGGAUUGGCGAUGGAGUAUGGGUGGAGAGAUGCUGAAGACUAAGAACCAUCAUGAGUGAUGGUUCUUAGGGGUUUUUUCCCCCGUUUCUUUGCAUCAUUGCAGCAACAUGACGUAUAGUAUACGUAGGCGCCUGUUUUUGUUUCCUUUUUUAACCAAAGAUUACAAGUUAAAGGGAUUAGUUGCAUUAUUUUGGAAAAAAUGAUUCCAUUUCCUUUUUCAUUUCAGAAAUAUGUUGGACUCACCUUUUUUUUCUGCAUUUACAAGACCCAAAUACAGGGUGGGAUCUGUAUGUCAACAGUGAUCUGGUUGGACUGUCUAUUACAUUUCAGUGAUGUGAUUGGCCUGUGAACUGGAACUUUGUUUCUGAUUGGUCACUACCAUGCCUCAAGUGCCUUAUAGCCUAGUUCACCAUGCCAAAUCUCACAACUGACCCGAAACCUUGUCACCUCUAGAAUGAAUAAUUCAUUUAUUAAUUGUUAAUCAAUUAACGUGUGUGCAUGUACUAUAACAGUGAACUGUAGCAGUCUUUCUGAAAGGACUGGAAAAGACAAGCAUCUGCAUGCUUUUUGGAGAUACCUUUAAGAGGACCUUCUUCCAUUUGUUCAUUUGUAAAACUAUAGCUAGAACUAACAUCUAUUGCAUCAAUUAGUUUUAUGCUUGAAAGUUGUGUGUGCUGCUUUGCAAACAAGUCCCAUAGUUUUACGAAAACCUCACCACGGAGCUCAAAGUCCUAUCAUAUGACAAAUGAGAUUAAUACCAAAACAGUAGUAAUUAAAAAGCAACAUCUCCCAAAAGGAAUGACUUGGCUACCCGCCCUCCCUAUCAGACCCUAACCAUUGAGCUACAGUAGUGCUCUUUAUAGCUUUGGAGUACAUCUCAUUAAAAAACAACAGCUCCCAAUGUUUAGAACUAUGGGUAGAAUCCUAACUUCCACUUAAGUCAAAUCUUCCUCAUCUGUUAAUUGACAUCAAUGCAUCACUAUAAGUAAAAAUGUCACUUAAGUGGAUGUUAGGAUUCACCCCUAUCUGCCUUCCCUGUCAGUCCAUGGACAUUGAGUUACAGUAGAGCUGUUUAUAGCAGUGGAGUACUCCUUUCCCCCACUUGCCACCUCUGGUCUGUUUCCAGGCUACUGGCUUGUCACCUUCACACAGAGGGUCACAGGCGGCAACCACAGUAGAUGCCUCACACUUUUGUGGUCGAGGAGGAGCCAUGUGAUUCCUCCCAGCCACAUCCAAACGUGGUCGGUCGGCCUGCGUCACCACCUCGCUCUCUUCGGAAUUAAGGUGGAAAGCAGAAACACUUUGGACCGUGUAGUGUAGCAGUUUAAUAGAAGCCUGUGUUUAACAGAUAAGAGACAAAGCUUGAAUGGAUCGUCAUGCUUUUCAUCUUUUAGUUAUUUAUUGCUGGCCUGUCAGAAGAAGUGUCCAUCUAGAGCAGGGGUGGGCAACUCCAGUCCUCGGGGGCCUAAUUGGUGUCACACUUUUUCCCCUUCCCAGCAAACACAGCUGAUUAAUCAAAUUGCAUUCUAAACUGUUAAGGUGAUCAUUGGAGUCAGGUGUGUUAGCUGGGGCAAACUGUGACACCAAUCAGGACCUCGAGGACUGGAAUUGCCUAGGGCAUGGUUUCCCAAACUUGGCUCUGCCCCCGCCCCCCAUGGUUUUUGCCCUAGCACUAAACAGCACAUUCAAAUAAUCAAAGCUUGAUGAUGAGUUGAUUAUUUGAAUCAGCUGCAAAAAACAAAACGUGCACCCAGGGGGGUCCCCAGGACCGAGUUUGGAAAACCCUGGUCUAGGGCACAUUCAUUCCAUGGAGGGCCGAGUGUCUGUGGGUUUUCCCUCUUCCAUUGUACUCGGUUGAUGAAUUAAGGUCCCUGAUUAGUAAGGAACUCACCUCACCUGGUUGUCUAGGUAUUAAUUCAAAGGAUAAAAAAAAAAGUUUGACACUCCUGGUCUGGGGACCUCCCAAUGUGUUGGUUCUAGCUGUAGCCCUGCCUUCUAAGGCAUUGGUUCUAGCUGUUAGGUGGGAGAUAUUAAGAUUCAGUUGAGAUUAACUCAUAGUAGUCUAAGAGAUUACAUUGUCUGUCAUAACAGUGUUUUUGUAACUUCAUACCAAAUAAUAAAAUAUUUUGUUUAAAAAAA